AUGUCUUCCACAUCAAGCAAUACAUCAAGUGAAGAUUGUGAAUCCCUCAGUGGCUGUGAUAAACCCAUAUAUUCCUAUAACGCAUUGAUAGUGAUGGCUAUAAGAAGUAGUCCUAGAGGUAUGUUAAGUUUAAACGACAUUUACGAGUAUAUUAUGGCGACGUUUCCUUACUACAAGAACACCGCAAAGAAGCAAUCCUGGCAAAAUUCCGUUAGGCAUAACUUGAGUAUCAGUGAGUACUUCAUAAAAGUACCAAGACCCAUUAAUGAUGGAGGCAAAGGAAACUUAUGGACCUUACAUCCUUCGGCACAUAACAUUUUUAUUGGAGAAACCACUGGUAAAUUGAGGAAAAACGCUCACGAAGUACCAUCGUGCCCUUUAGUGACCCCAAUGCUCCCUCAGCUGGAUACAUAUCACAUGCACCAAAGGGCCCAACAAGAGUACCAGCAUUACCAGCAAUUGUUGCAGUACCAACAGGAGGUGCAGUAUAGAUAUGAGCAACUUUAUUAUCCGUAUGUGCCGAUGCCUGGACAUCAUUUUCCGCCCCCAGGACCGUUUCCCAGGUUUUAA